AUGUCUCGCCGUAAGCUUCGUGAGACUGUCGAGGAAACACUGAGCCCUCCCACCACGUUGCUCGAAACCGAAACCAUCGCCCGCGUGGUGAAAGCCAACGGCAAAGAUCUCUACACCGUGCAGAUCCCCUCCGUUCAUGACCCUCUCCUUGUCGAACUGAAUCCCAAAUUCCGUGCCACCGUUUGGAUCAAACGUGGUGGCUAUGUCCUCGUCGACACCUCCAAAACCUCCGGCCGAGACAACAAAAUCCAGGGAGAGAUUGUGAACGUGGUUCGAGAUGAAAAGGUGUGGAGGAAACAAUCGUAUUGGCCAUCGGAGUUCGUCAAAAAGCGUGCUCCUGUGGACAGUGACGAGGAGGAAUCAGUGGUAGGGAAAAUGCCUCCAUCGGACAGCGAAGAGGACGAAUGA